AUGGGGGACCCGAUGGAGAUCUAUGGCACGCACAAGGCCACCUUCAACAUGGAGAAGGUUCUGUUUCAGAACGUGCUCUCUUCGUUGUAUUACCAGGAGCUGGUAAAGAGGGGCUUGGACUACGAGAGCCUGGUCUACGAGGUGUACGACGCGGUGACGGACUGCGAGCCUUGGAUGAGCGGGAACGCAAGAGGGCCGUCGACGUGCUUCUGUAUUAUGGUCAGGCUGUUCGAGCUCGAAGUCAGCGAGAAGGACAUUCAGGCGAUGUUGGACACGACGGAUUGCCCGUACGUGCGCGCCAUCGGCUUCCUUUUCAUCCGCUUCGGAGCCGACCCGCGAAAGUUCCCGGACUGGUUCUACCCGUACCUGGAGGACCCGGAGAAGUUCAAGCCGUCGCCGUUCGGCGAGGAGGUCACCAUCGGCGAGUUUGUGCGCGACAUCCUUCUGAAAAUGGAGUACUUCGAAACGCUUUUCCCGCGCUGCCCGGAAGGCAUCCGCCGCAAGAUCAUGGAGAAGUGCCGAGAACUCGGGCUGCCGGAUCAGCCCAAGGGGAACGGCGGCACGGGCGGGGGCGACCGUCGCGGGCAUGAGUCAGGCUCGCGCCCGGCGUCCGUCAAGGCGUCCCUGUCGGUUGCGUUCGGCCAGCGCGCGCCGAACCGCCGCGGCAACCGCGAGAAUGCCGUGGCGCGCGCGGGCGACGCUCGUAGGGGCGGCCCGGGGCCCACGUCGGGCGGGCCAGACAGGGCGGCCGGCUGGGGGGGCGAUGGCGAAGCCCCCCGGGCGCAGCGUGGGCGCUCGCCGGACGGCCGAGGGGCGCAGCGAGGCUACGGGCAGCGCACGUACGAGCGUGGCGGGUACGAGCAGGACAGGGAGAGGGAUCGGGGUUUCCAGAGGGGGGGGGACAGAGACGGGUAUGACCGGGGGCGUGACAGGGGGUACGAUCGGAGCAGGGACUACAGGGGGGGCGAGCGGGACGUGGAGCAUCGCGGGCACAGCCGGGACAGGGACAGGGGGGGGUAUAGCAGGGACAGACGUGACAGCAGGGACCGGGGGGACUAUAGGGGGUACAAUCGGGACGGGUACCACGGCAGGGACGCCGGGCACGAGCGCGGGAGGGACCGGGGGCGCGAGUGGGACAGGCGGGACGGGCCACGGCGCAGUCCUGCUCGUUACGAGGGCCGUCGCAGGUCGCGGUCGCGAUCCCCGCGGAGGGGGGGGAGUGCCGGGGGGCGGUCCGCAGCGGACGUGUUUGGGCGGCCGCCCGCCGAGCUGUUGGGUGCUGGCGCGGCGGGGGCGAGCAGCGCGGCGCUGGGCAAGUACGGCGACGCAGGCCGCAGCACCAGCUUGCAGCCGGGGAGGCUAGGGUCGGGCAACGUCGCAGCAAGCAACACCGAGUCGUUCCGCAUCGGCGGUGGUCGGCGCUGA